UUUUAGAUCGAAAAGACUUUUAUUUCUCUUGAGUCGCGCUAAAGUGACGCAAUGUGUCCAGGCCUUGUGAGCCUAGCUGGACAUGGCGGCGCUGCUGAGAGGUCUGCGGGCUGGAAGGACACUUCGGGGGCUGACCAGCGCUGCAACAACAGCAGCAAACACCCAGUGCAGCCUGAGACGAGGCUUCUACUGCACAGCGCUGAGGCUUCAGGAUGAAUCCAAAUCUGACAAACCUCCCUCCUCCUCAUCCAUAAACUACCACGAGCACUACCACGCUCACUCUACUGAACAGAAUGCAGCAGAAGCUUCCCAGGGAGACUCAGCAUCUGACCCAGCAGCAGAGGAGGCUUCCAGGCAGAACACCAGCUACCAGAACCAGAGUGGAGAGCAGGGUGAAGACUAUGAGACAGAGGAGCAGCUACAGGCUCGAAUUCUGACUGCUGCUCUGGAGUUCGUCUCGCUACACGGCUGGUCAAUAGAGGCCAUUGCUGCGGGUGCUGAGACAUUGGGCCUGUCCUCUGCUUCCACUGGAAUGUUCUACAGCGGAGCUGGAGACUUGGUCCUACACUUUAUCGCCCAGUGCAACUCGCAGCUGACAGAGAUCCUGGCUGAACAACACAAGCAGGUGCAGCUGGGCCAUGCUGAACCAAAGAAGACUGCUGACUUUCUAAGAGAUGCUGUAGAGACCAGACUGAGGAUGUACAUCCCCUACAUUGAAACAUGGCCACAGGCCAUGAGCCUCCUGCUCCUUCCUCACAACAUCCCAGACAGCCUGAAACAACUCUCCACCCUGGUGGACGACAUCUGGUACUACGCUGGAGAUAGAUCAACAAAUAUGAACUGGUACACCAAACGGGCGGCACUGACCGGCAUCUAUAACGCCACAGAGCUAGUGAUGGUUCAGGAUUCCUCUCCAGACUUUCAGGACACCUGGAAAUUCCUUGACAACCGCAUUCAGGAUGUAGUUAACAUGGCCACCACUGCCAAACAGGUGCAAUCAACUGGUGAAGCAGUAGUGCAGGGGCUAAUGGGAGCUGCUGUAACACUGAAGAACCUGACGGGCAUAAACCAGAGGCGAUGAUGUGAAAUAUCCCUGUCACACUACUCCUGACCGGACAUGUAGUUUGUGUCAUGAGCUGAAGUUUCAUUUUCUUUUUGCUUCCUGAUUACCUGUACGAAAUGAGCAAGAGAAAGCUUGUCACAGGCAGUGGGUCUCCUUCGGUUGACCUGCAGGACCAGUGGUUUUGUCUGUUAUUGCUUCACUGCCCCAGAUCUCACUCUCCUGCACAGAAUUUUUUUUUUUUAUCCCCUUUGUAUAAAGGACAGGAUGAUCUGUUAUAUUGUUGUUGGAUCAAUAAAAUUAUUAUAUAUUUAA